GCCUGCCGCGCAGGCACAGCUGCCCCGGCAGCAAGGGCGCCCCGCGCCCAGACCGGGGAGCGCCGCCGCCGCCGCGCUACGCGGCAGCGCAGUCAGGCCGCCUAGGGGCACACGCACUGAUUUGAAUUUGUUUGUGAAAAAUUAGUAGCAAUGCGGACAUACUGAGGAUUUUUUUCUGAAGAAGAGUGGCGGUGCCACUACUGAUUUGAAAUCUGUCUUGCAAAGAGCUGAUGCAAACAAAAAACCUCCUGUCAGGUUGUUACUCCGUCUUCCAGUAGAAGUUACAUGCAGAUUGUGUAUUCGAAAGAGAUGCAUUUCCCCCAACAUUAUUGUGGAGACUUUGGCAUCUGCGUUUGGACUUAGUGGACUUUUUGGAUGGCUGUGAUUGAAUAGAUUAUGAAGGAGAUGCUCUCAAAUAGACUCGCUCCAUUCAUUUCCAAGUGUUGUAUUUCUAGCCUUCGGACAUCCUCACCGUCUUCAUUCUUCUCCUCACUGCCCCCAAUACAACCAUGGUUAUUUAUCGGUCUUGGCAACCCUGGAGAGAAGUACCAAUCCACCAGGCACAAUGUGGGGUUUGAUAUGAUAGAUGCAUUUGCACAGUCUCAGGGUAUACCGCUGACUACACAUUACUUCAAAGCACUAUUUGGUGAAGGUAUGGUUGAUGGGGUACCUGUUCUUCUUGCCAAGCCUCAGACUUAUAUGAAUCUCAGUGGAGAAUCUGUUGGUCCACUUGCUGCCUAUUAUAAACUGCCACUUAAUCGUGUCUUGGUGGCAUUUGAUGACAUGGACUUACCAUGUGGAGUUCUCCGUUUACAGCCAAAAGGAGGUUUUGGACGGCACAAUGGGUUGAGGAGUGUGAUAUACCACUUUCGCAGGAACCAAGAAUUUUGCCGAUUAAGAAUUGGAAUUGGACGGCCACCUGGCCAGAUGGAUCCUAAAGCUUUUGUUCUUCAGAAGUUUAAUAGGACUAGUCGUGAACGGAUUGAUUUAGCCAUAAAAGAGGGAGUCGAUAUUCUGAAGAUGGUGGCCACCAAGGGUUUGGCAGAGGCAGCAAGAUUGUCAAACACAGAUCAGAAGUAUAAGCAUCUGAGAUCACAUGAUCUUCAAGACUAAAAAUGACUAGACUCUGCUUAUCUAGUGAGCUGGUCUUUCAGCACACCUCUUGAUGCCCCUCAUGCUCUCCCAGUACCUCGGUUCGAUGGCUGGUCUGAGAAUCUAGUACACCCAAGUGUUCUCCCUGAUAUCCUCUGCAGGAUACAUCUCUUCGGUGCUGGAUAUGGAGUUUUUGAUGUUUCUCUAUGGUAAAUUUCAGUUGACUCGGCAGUUGUCGAUGUUGAACUGGAAGUUGAUGAUUCAAGGUCAAAGCUUCUGAUUUAGUGAGAAGGAAGCAUCUUUUGAGGAGUCAACACUUAGCCAUACAAUGCCUUGAACUAGUUUUGUUCAUGUUGGGGAAAUCAUAAUAUUUCCGUAAUAACAUUUGGUGUGGACAUUGGACCAAUCUAUAUUUGUCAAGUAUGAUUUUCUUGCA